AUGCAGAGCCGUAAUGCUGACCUCGAGGAGUUCUUCAGCCAUGAAGUUCAACCAUUCCCUCCCUCCUUAUCAGAAUUCGGCAAUCUUCGCCUACCAAGCGCUAAAUCGGAACUCCUCAAGUGCCUUAUUCCAUCGACUCAGGCAGAGCCUCCCACGCAAUUUGACUGCAGUGUUCUAGACGGAGCUGUCGUGGUCCACUGCCUCCCCGUAACUGGUUCGAACACCUUUGAUGAUUACGCCCAUAACGUCUUCAUUCCACACCUCAGCAGACAGAGAAGUACAAGAGUGGAUGUCGUCUGGGACACAUACAUACCUAAUAGUCUCAAGGAGUCCACCAGGGAGAAGCGAGGCAAAGGCGUUCGACGGAAAGUAGAUGGGGGUACUAAACUACCAUCCAACUGGGUGUCAUUCCUGCGUGAUCCGUUAAACAAAGAAGAGUUGUUUCACUUCCUAUCGUUGAAGGUUGCUAGACAUAACUGGCCAGAGAGGAAGACAAUCCAUGUUACAUCAGGUAAACAUGCAACACAUAUGUCAGCUAUGAUACUCAACCAAAUUAUGUUGUAGGCGUCAUACAGCAAAGUUAAUUAACUAACAAAUCUUUUGAACAAGCAAGCCUCCUAAGUGUUCUACUAAGACAUAAACGCACAUAAAAAAUGUUAACUACCGAAAUAAUUUUUCUCCAGGUACUUCUGUGAUUUCCAUUGGCUCUGCGACCGCAAUGACAGAUUGUACUCACGAAGAGGCGGAUACGAGGAUUGUGGUCCAUAUCCUUCAUGCCAUCCAAGUUGAAGAGGCAAAAACAGUCCUCGUCCGAACCGUGGAUACCGAUGUCCUAGUCAUCUUGGUGGGAAAGCUUCAUGACCCGAAAGAAGUCCAGCCGGAACUUGAUCUGUGGCUUGCCUUUGGUAUGGGUCGAAACUUUCGCUUCAUCAGCGUCAACUGUAUUUGUGCUAUUCUUGGUAAACCACAAUCUACUUCUCUGCCUGUAUUCCACGCAUUAACUGGAUGUGAUACCACCUCCGGCUUCUUCGGGAAAGGAAAGAAGUCGGCUUGGCAGGCAUGGGAGAUCUUUCCAGAGGUCACGCCCACAUUCGAAAUGCUUGCCAAGACGCCAUUUAUGCAACUUACGACAGACUCGCCCCUCUUCAAACAGAUCGAGAGAUACACGGUAAUCAUGUACGAUAAGCUCAGUCCCUUAUCUGACAUCAACCUGACCCGGAUGGAGUUAUUCUGCAAGAACGGUAGAACAAUGGACAAGCUCCCGCCUACACAGGUAAAUAUUAUUUGUUUCUUUAUCGUAAUUUUUCUAGGUUUCACCUAACAGGGGCGGACAUGAGGGGAAGGGCUCAAGGCUACCUAGCCCUUAAACUGGUACUAUUAUUCACAACGAACCGUCUUUCUAUGAGACUAGUACCAACCUCUUCCUAACUAAUCCUUAAUAACAUCGACACUGUUGUUAUUUGCAGGAUGCCCUUUUGCAGCAUGUUCGUCGCGCCGUUUUCCAGGCCGGGAUCUGGACAGUCGGCGAUCAGCCACAGCCACAUGUGCCAUCACCAGGGCAGUUCUCGUGGUCUGAAGACGAUGGCAAAUGGGUUCCGAAAUGGAUCACCAUACUCGAAGUAUCCAAGGCUUGUAGUGAGCUCAUAAAAUGCUCUUGCAAAGGCGCGUGUACACGAUGCAAGUGUGCCAAGGCUUCCUUGGUAUGCACCCCCCUUUGCAGAUGCCAAUGCCUAUCCUAAAAGUAACUGCAUGAAGGUUAAAUGAUAAUCUGAAGAGUUUCAGCGAUCGAUCAUUGUUUCCGUUAUGAAGAAAAAACUCUAGUAUAUGGCGUUAAAGUUGAAAUUUGAUUAUUCUUACCGAGAAGGGACUGGGAACUAGUAUAUAUCUAAAAGCCUUAUGUAAUAUAUAAAUGAUGUCUCAUAAUGAAAUAUGCGAAAAAACGAGUAAGCAUAAUAGUUUCAGUCAAUAAAUGUCACUACUGCAUUUCUUGUUAGCUGUUUUAGAUGAAAACUGCAAAACAACACAGUAGCCCAAUUCGUAAUUAAGGUAAAUUUUAUAAGGCCCGUUAAUACUUGUACGGUGAAGAUUGCGUUGGGCUCCCCCUCUAAUAUUAAUCAGUAGGUCCUAAUGAACAUCUCUGCCAAAUUUGGUGCUUUUGUCACUUCUGUAACGAUCCGACCCAUAUUAAGUCAUAAGAGACCUGACUACAGUAAGCUGCAUCUAAAUCCUAAAGGUUCUGCAGCAACUAAUUUUAUUAGGUUCCUCAAAGGUGAACAACAUGUGAGUCCAAGAAGACCACGUAGAAGUUCCACAGAGGAUUUUCAUACCAUAGCGAACCAACUGCUGAUGACGUUACUAGCAGGGACCUCUCGAACACUACGUUAA